GGAUAUCGAAGUGAAGAGAGUGACGCUUGGUAGAGUGUAGACUCUUGGUUAUACGUGCGUAAAGAUAUCCGCGUGUACUUCCGUUGCAACGCUAAUUCUUCGAUAUUCAUUCUGUGGUUUCUAUCAACGAAAUAGCGACUGAGUAGCGCACCUUCACCAUAUUCAGAUCAUGGCUGCAACCGUUUAUUCUAAUCACUAUCUAGGUAGUAAAGAAUAUUCCUAUUGGGGGCCACCUUUAAUUCAGUUACCGUUGGUUGCUGAACCGGCUGCUGCUGACGUUCAACUCAUUCGUCAGAUUGGAUUUGGUAGUUACGGCGUUGUGUGGUCUGUUGUCGAUCCUAGAAACGGCAAAAAGGCUGCCUUAAAGAAAUUGGUCAAUGCUUUCGACGAUUAUGUUGCUAUCAAGAGAGCUUUACGUGAACUUAAGCUACUGUGCUUUUGCCGUCAUGAUAACAUACUGGGAGCGAUCGAGGUGCUCAAGACCCCUUUACUAAUAGGACCAUUUCGACAUGUUUUCGUUCUGACAGACUUGAUGCAAUGUGACCUUCAUAAUGUUAUAAUUCGUAAUCCACGAAUUGCAGACGAAUACGUGAAGUUGUUUACCUAUCAAAUCCUAAGAGGCCUUAAGUAUUUGCACUCAGCACACAUCUUGCAUCGAGAUCUUAAACCAGGCAAUAUUUUGGUCAACAAUAAUCUACAAAUCAAAAUAUGCGAUUUCGGCUUCGCCCGUAAGCAAGAAUUUGAUGAAUCGUGCGAAAUGACAGCAGAGGUUGUAACUCAGUAUUACAGGGCACCUGAAAUAUUGACCGGAUCUCCACAUUACACUAGCAAGCUUGAUAUCUGGUCAGUGGGAUGCAUUAUGGCUGAGAUGAUUAGUGGAAAAGUUUUAUUUGAAGCUUCAGGACCUGUCAAACAGUUGGACAUGAUCACUGAUUAUCUUGGUACACCAUCCUUGUCAGAAUUUGGUGGAGCAUGCCAAGCUGCUGUUCAAUAUGUUCUUAGUAGCAAGAAAUCGCCUAAAUUGCGCAAUUUGAUGUAUUUGGUAUCCACUGAUUUGUCGGAAGAAGCCUUCAAUUUCUUAGUAAAACUCCUGAAGUUUGAUCCGAAAAAAAGAAUUUCUGCCGCAGAAGCCAUGUAUGAUCCUUACUUACAGGGUGGUAGGUUAACGUAUCAUACUUAUAUUUGCAGUUGCUGCAAACCAGGAAAACCACUGUCAUCGUGCGAUACUGAGCCGAGUUGCUACAAAGUGUUUGAGGAUGUUCAUCCGCAAAUAUCUCUCGCAGCUGCAAAACACGAGCUGUAUACUCUGAUCAAGAACAACAGUAGAGCUAUUCGUGGGCAGUCAUUAACAAUUAGUACGACUGGCUUACAAAUCAUGAACUGCACGGCUGUGUUAAACGGCAAAAAGCUUUCACCAACUUCGAAAUUCGCAAGUGAGCAUGACCAGUAAAGUAACUCACUCAUUCGAUGGAAUGUGGACUAAAUUAUUGGUAUCUGCAAACAAAUGAAUUUUGUGUUUCAACUACUUCUUUUACGUCUUGCGUGUAUGAAUAAAUGUAUUAGGCGUUAAUGUGGUUGCUGUAUAAUAAACAUCUUUGAAUUAGU